UGGGUUGAAUUACAAGGUGAAGAGCUGCGCCGCCGGGAACAGUCGAGAAUAUUCGUCGGCAUUCUGGCGUGUUCCUCGCGGUGGCGAUUAUAGCUUGCAAAACUAGUUCCGCGCGGUUCCGCUAACCGCUUUUGGCAGCACCAGCGGCACGCGCGACUGUCGAAUGUUUGUUGCGUCAUGGGGAGCGCGAAGUAAUUGAGAAGAGCGCGGCUGUCGAUGAGCCGGAAUGUUUGCAGGUGAUCCUUCUUACCGACGGUCAAUCGUCCCUGGCGGCCAAAUAUCGAACUAAUCGUUUCGAUUUCGGUCAAAAAGUAGCGAAGAUGGAUCUACUCAUCGUACAACGUACUAACGCGGUUACGUUGCGUAUAAUGUUAAGGAAGGUUGAUCUUUAUUCAUGAAAAUGGUAACAGAGACUAAGGUCAAAAAAUCAAGGAAGAUCACUGCCCGGAAUGAUGCGGAGUAUAUUACGAGCGAUAAGCAAAAGAAUAAGAAUAAUAAGAAGAAAAAGCGCAGGAAGCCAGAAAGCUACGCAAGGUAUAUUUACAGGGUAAUGAAAAUAAAUUACCCGUAUAUCGGUAUAAGCGUUAAAGCAAUGAGCAUCAUGGACAGCUUUAUGAAAGAUAUGUUUGAACGGUUUGCCGAGGAAUCGUCUCGGCUCGCUCACUACAACAAACGAUCCACGAUCACGGAUCGGGAAAUAAAAACCGCGGUCAAGUUUAUCCUGCCGGGAGAACUUGCCAUUCACGCUAUCCACGAAGGAAACAAGGCUCUAACAAAGUACGAAAAGUCAAAACAGCCAGAGGUUCUUAGAUUUUAGAAGAAGAAAAUAAAUAUUUAUUUUCUUUGUUUUGUAAUAUUUAAAAUUUUAAUUACUGUCAUUUUAAUUACGGCGUUUAGAAACGUCACGUGAUAUAAAUGCAGGUCAUUUAGCAAAUUUCUUAUCUAUUAACUGAUGGAUAGUUGAAAUAUGAAGAAAAACAAUAAUAAUGUAAAUAAAUAAUUAAUAAUGU